CGGCGUCACGGGGCGGGCCCGGCAGCGGCCGAGCGGGGCGGGCGCGGCUUUCCGGGAGCGGCGGCGGAGCGGGCGCAGAAUUAGCCAGCCAUGGUGCUCACAAGCGUGGGGAAGAUGGCUGGCCUCCAGAAGAAGGCGUCCGGCAUCAGGAAUAUCUGUAUAUUGGCCCACGUGGAUCACGGCAAAACCACUCUAGCUGACUGCCUUAUAUCUAGCAAUGGAAUAAUCUCCAGCCGUUUGGCAGGAAAGCUUAGAUACCUCGACAGUAGGGAAGAUGAGCAGAUCCGAGGAAUAACAAUGAAAUCUAGUGCAAUUUCACUGCACUUUGUGAAAGGUGAUCAGGAGUAUCUGAUUAAUUUAAUAGACUCCCCAGGGCACGUGGAUUUUUCUUCAGAAGUAUCUACUGCUGUCCGACUCUGUGAUGGUUGCAUCAUAGUGGUGGAUGCUGUUGAAGGAGUCUGUCCACAGACCCAGGCAGUCCUGCGGCAGGCAUGGCUGGAAAAUAUCCGUCCCGUCCUGGUGAUUAACAAAAUCGACCGCUUGAUUGUGGAGCUGAAGCUCACCCCUCAGGAAGCAUAUUUGCACCUUAAGAAUAUCCUAGAACAGAUCAAUGCAGUCACUGGAACACUGUUUACCUCCAAAGUGUUAGAAGAAAGAGCUGAAAAAGAAACAGAAAGUGAAACCCUUUCAGAUACAUCACCAGGAGAUCAAAUUUAUGACUGGAGUACUGGAUUGGAAGACACUGAUGAUUCACAUCUCUAUUUUUCACCAGAACAUGGAAAUGUGGUGUUUGCCAGUGCAAUUGAUGGCUGGGGUUUUGGAAUUGAACAUUUUGCCAAACUGUAUAGCCAAAAAAUUGGAAUCAAGCCCGCAGUACUUCUGAAGACUUUAUGGGGAGAUUAUUAUCUAAAUACUAAAGCAAAGAAGAUAAUGAAAGGUGAUCAGUCAAAAGGAAAGAAACCUUUAUUUGUGCAGCUGGUGCUGGACAACAUUUGGAGUCUGUAUGAGGCUGUUAUGAAAAGAGACAAAGAAAAAAUAGAAAAGAUAGUAACCUCUUUGGGCCUGAGGAUUGGUGCUCGGGAGUCACGGCAUGCAGACCCCAAGGUUCAUCUGAAUGCCAUUUGUAGCCAGUGGCUACCAAUAUCUGAUGCAGUCCUCUCCAUGGUGUGUAAUAAGAUUCCCAGUCCUCUGGACAUCACUGCAGAGAGAGUGGAAAAGCUGAUGUGUGUUGGAGCAAGAACAUUUGAUUCUUUGCCACCAGAAACUCAGGAACUGAAAAGUGCUUUUAUGAAAUGCAGUAGUGAAGGAACAGCCCCAGUUAUUGUCUUUGUUUCCAAAAUGUUUCCUGUUGAUGCAAAGUCAUUGCCACAGAAUAAACCAAGGCCAUUAACUCAAGAAGAACUUGCUCAUCGGCGGGAACUUGCCAAACGAAGGCAUGCAGAAAAACUGGCAGCAAGUCAAGGGAAGGAGCAGUCAGAAAAAACCCCAAGUGAAAAUUCACCUGAAGUAACUGGGAACACUGGUGAUACAAAAGGUGAAGAGCAACAGCUCCCUGGUGAAGGAGACAGUGUGACCUCAAAGGCAGUGAAACAGGAAGCAGACAACAAGGAGUAUUUCAUUGCUUUUGCCAGAGUGUUCAGUGGCAUGGUGAAAAGAGGGCAAAAAAUCUUUGUUUUAGGACCAAAAUAUGAUCCUGCUGAGUCUUUGCAUAAGCUGUCAUCCCAGAGCUCUGCCACUGAUGAUCUGCCAGCAGUCCCUCACAUGACGUGCUGCACUUUGGAGAACCUCUACUUACUGAUGGGAAGAGAGCUUGAAGAUCUUGAGGAAGUGCCUGCAGGAAAUGUUCUGGGAAUAGGAGGCUUGCAAGAUUUUGUGCUGAAGUCUGCAACACUGUCAACAUCACCUGCUUGCCCACCAUUUACACCUCUCAACUUCGAAGCUACCCCGAUUGUGCGAGUAGCAGUUGAACCCAAACAUCCAAGUGAUAUGCCUCAGCUGGUCAGAGGGAUGAAACUUUUAAACCAAGCUGAUCCAUGUGUGCAAGUUUUAAUCCAGGAGACAGGAGAACAUGUGCUGGUGACAGCAGGAGAAGUUCAUCUUCAGCGCUGCUUGGAUGACCUGAAAGAAAGGUUUGCAAAGGUGCAGAUCAGUGUGUCUGCUCCUAUUAUCCCCUUCCGAGAGACCAUAACAAGACCUCCCAAAGUCGAUAUGGUGAACGAAGAAAUAGGAAAACAGCAGAAAGUUGCUGUCAUACACCAAACCAAAGAGGACCAAAAUAAAAUUCCUGAAGGAAUUCAGGUUGAUUCAGAUGGGCUCGUUACAAUGAAUACUCCAAAUAAACAAGCUACUCUCAGUGUGAGAGCAAUGCCACUCCCCGAGGAGGUAACUCGACUUCUUGAAGAAAACAGCGACUUAAUUCGAACUAUGGAACAACUCAACACAUCUCUGAAUGAAGAGAAAAAAACACAUGAGAUAAAUCAGAAGACUCUUGAUAGAAUCAAAGAAUUCAAGCAAAAGUUGGAGAAAAGUCUUCAGGGAAGAAAGUGGAGAAAUGCCGUUGAUCAGAUCUGGUCAUUUGGACCACGGAAGUGUGGGCCUAAUAUUUUGUUACAUAAUUUUGGGGGCUAUAAAAGAUCUGUGUGGCAGUGCCUUGGGAACUCUGUGAAAGAAGUAGGUAAAUAUAGAGAUUUUGACAACAGUAUAGUGAGUGGAUUUCAGCUGGCUACACUUUCAGGUCCCAUGUGUGAAGAGCCUCUCAUGGGUGUUUGUUUCUCAGUGGAAAAAUGGGAAAUAAGUAAAGCUGGAGAUACUCUGUCAAAUAGUAGGCAGGAUUCAGGGGAACUGGAUGCCACAGAACAUCAGCAAAAUGAAGAUAAUACUCCAGCAAGCAGUUGCACUGCUGAAGGUCCCAGUGCAAAUGAACACCAGGACAGGAACCAAAGUGGCACAGACUCACCUGAGAAAAUGAGUAAGCCCAAAGGAGAAUUACCACUUGCAGAUUGUUAUGGCCCUUUCUCUGGACAGCUGAUUGCCACCAUGAAGGAAGCCUGUCGUUAUGCUUUGCAGGCAAAGCCACAGAGACUGAUGGCAGCAAUGUACACCUGUGAAAUUAUGGCUACUGCAGAAGUUUUAGGUCGUGUGUAUGCUGUGCUGUCCAAAAGGGAAGGCAGAGUGCUGCAGGAGGAGAUGAAGGAGGGCACGGAUGUGUUCAUUAUUAAGGCAGUCCUGCCAGUAGCAGAAAGCUUUGGCUUUGCUGAUGAAAUCAGGAAGAGAACCAGUGGCCUGGCCAGUCCACAGCUGGUGUUCAGCCACUGGGAGAUCAUUUCCAGUGACCCAUUCUGGGUCCCCACCACUGAGGAGGAAUAUUUGCACUUUGGGGAGAAGGCAGACUCGGAGAACCAGGCCCGCAAGUACAUGAAUGCAGUGAGAAAGAGAAAGGGGCUCUAUGUGGAAGAAAAAAUUGUGGAGCACGCUGAGAAGCAAAGAACUCUGAGCAGAAAUAAGUAGCUGUGUCUGCCCCCUCUCUCUCUGACACAGCUAAGUGUGGGUGGAGUGUUUUAUAUGCAGCAGAUGCAAAAUUUCAUCUGGACUUUGUUCUUUGAUACCAUUUUUCUUACAUGCUUUGUCUGUGGCUUAUGUUUUAAUAAACUUAAGCCUUUCCAAGUUUUGUACAGAGAAAAUAGUUUAUUUAUUGAAAUAAAAUAGAAGUAUUCACUGCAAUUGUCUCAAUUUUUAAAAUUUAAUGCCCUAUUGAACGUCCUGUCACAAGAAUUAGGAACUCCCAGUUCAGUUUGUUUCUUUCUGAUUUGUCACAUGUAGUUACAGUAAGAGCUGGUUAGCUAGCUUCUUGCAAAUAAACCAUGCACUGAAUGUAAUGGUUUUGACUGUUUUUUAAAUUCAUUUCUGUGAUGUAUUUGUUUCUUAACCAUACCUUUCAUAGUUACCUGUAUGCAAAUAGAUGUAAGUCUAUUAGGAGUUUCUAAACUAUUUGUUUUACUCUAUUCCUCAUGUGAGCAGUUAUUUAAAGUAGUAAGAUAUCUUUAUAUCUUACAUCUUUUAAUAUAUCUUUAAAUCAGAGGGCAAAAAUAGCAAAUGUGGAAGUCAGCACUGCAAAAAGCUGAGCUGGAUUUGUCUUGUUUUCCCUCCUUAGAACACACAUUAUUAAAAACUUCAGUUCCACAAACUAGGUGAGGGGAGUGAGUAUUUCCAGUAUAGAUGAGAAACAGGACAUCAAUUUUCUUCCCAUACUUUAUGCAGACAGUAAAGUACAUUGUACUUGAAAACUCUGGAAGUAAAACAGCACUCUUGAUUAGAGAGGGCUUCCUCAAAUAUAUCUGUCUGAAAUGUUUUUUCAUAUUUAAACCUAGUGCCAGACAAGUGCCAUUUACAGAUGGGACUAGAAGCUUGCAGGUCUGCUUGAAACCUCCCACAGUGUGACUUGGCAGCUGAACUCGAAUUGGGAGCUCAAGUGACUUUUCUCCUGGCCCUGAUCAUAUCAACUUAAAUUCUUCAGGGAAGGUAUCUGAUAGUUUUGCUUCUUCUAUUAGGCUUUCUCCUUUCUGAUUUCAGUUUGGGAAUGCUGUGUAAAUUUUUCUGUGCUUCUUGCUGGUUUCCUUUGGAAGCAGAAGCAGAAGAGCACGCGGAGGAGAGGAUGUGAAUGAGCUGGACUAUUUUGUCAGCAGCAUUUUUUUUAAUGCAUAAUUUGAGUUCUCACAUGGCUUCUGAUUCAUUUUGAUUCUUGUUCAUACCAGACUGCCUGUGAAAACCCAAGAGUUGAAACUAGGCAAGAGAGUGUAGUUUUCUUUGUUGCAUCAUGUGUAAGAGAGGGACAGUCAUGAAAACAGGGAUAAGGGCUUUUUAGUACCUCUUGGAAUGUUGGCACAUUGUCCUUUGGUAUUCGUAAAAUGUUUUGAAAUUGGAACUUGGAGUAGAACCUCUUAUUCUAAACCAUCCAUAGAUAUGGUGGGGUAGUGAUAAAAAGUGUGUACUUUUCAUAUUCUGUUAUUCUUCACCAGUUUUACUUCUCAAAUCUGUAGUAUCUGUGAUGUGCUGCUUCAGUACAGCCCUGAGAAGGAAAACACUUCCAACAUGAGUUGUCUGUGUAGGCUUUGCUGAUCUUACUGGUGUUGAGACAAAUAGUUUACAUGCAAGAUAAAAUAUUUACAUGUAAAUACCAAUUUGAUUUAGCAGCGUGUCUGAAGUUUGGGCUCUUAUCUACUUGAUGUGGCUUACUCAUAUCCUCUGUUGUGAUUUUGUGCUUUUUGAUUUGUUUUGUGCUACUUUGGAUCUA